AUGGCGUCAAAUGUGAUCAUUCCCCUGGGACUGGACAAAGAAAAUCUGGACCAAAAACUGGUGUUUGUGAUCGAGCGUCACGGAUCCCACGCCUGUUUCAUGCUGUCCAGUCUCAUCUCUCUCGGCCUCCAAUCCGAAGCCGCCAUCUUGUUACUUUCACUCCAUCACCGCGAAAAACACUACGAAAAGAUCUGCUCGCGCCUCGGCAUCAAUUUGACACUAGAAAAACAACGAGGGAGGUUUGUGGGGUGCUAUCCCGACAUGCACAACGCCGCCGGUGAGACUAUGAAGACCGUUUUGAAGAGAACGUUUCUAAAACUGAAAAACGAUCUAGAAACGUUGAAAAAGUUGAAGAACCGUGUGUUUUUGAUCGUGGAUGAUAUCAGUGACCUGUUACUUGUAGGGUGUGAGUUGAGGGAUGUGACGAUUUUUGCUCAAAGCUGUAGGAGUUUGAUGGGGGAGGGGGUGACUCUUGUAUUGGGUUCUCACAUGAGUAAAGAGGACAAGCAGCAGCAUAUUUUGUUUGAGAUGUUUCGUCGUCUGUCGGACAUUGCUCUAGAGAUACACGCGUUUGAAUCCAUGCGCACAUUUAAUGGUGCGCUGAGAAUUAUGCGCAAGAAAAUGCAGGCGGGAGUUGUGAAAAUUUCGUCGGAUUUCCAUCAUUUUAAGAUCACGGAUAAUCGGAUUGUCUUGUUUUCACCCGGAUUUACUUUUUAA